AUGGUUAACCAACGCGGUAUCGAAGCCAAACUUGAGAAGAUAGAGGCCAUAUGCAAGAUGAGAGGCCUUCCAAAGCCUGAAAAGGCCCCUAGGGCAGGCCCCCUCCUCUCCAAAUCGAAGCCCGAUGAAAUUCUACAACUGUAUCUAGUCGUCUCCAAUAAGGCCAUUAGUGCAGUUCUAAUCCGAGAAGAGAGGACCACCCAACUCCUUAUUUACUAUACAAGUAAAGCACUCCUAUCGCUGGAAACCCGCUACCCCGAUAUGCAGAAGCUUGUUUUGGCCUUGAUCACGGCCUCCAAGAAGUUGAGACCCCACUUUCAAGCCCACACCAUCCAUGUGCUGACAAACUUUUCCCUAAGGCAGGGCCAAGCCUUAGCUGACUUUAUGGCAAAAUUCGCCAACUUACCCAAGGUAGAUGAAAUCAUGGAACAAGCCGAGCCCCCUACGUGGAACUUAUUCAUUGAUGGGUCGGCUGGGGAUGCCGGCUCAGGUGCCAGAGUUGUCCUCAUCAGCCUGGAAGGUCACAAGCUGAACUCGACGGUAAGGUUCGGGUUCAAGGCCACCAACAAUAUAGCAGAAUACGAGGCACUUCUUGCAGGCCUCAGGUUAGCAAGAGAAAUGCAAGUCGAUGGUAACUUCUCAGCCAAGGACAAAAGAAUGGCCUCUUACUUGAAAAUGGUGAUGAACUUCAUCCUAUCCUUUGAAAAGUUUGAGUUGAUCCAGAUCCCCACAUCGAAAAUGCACAUGCAGAUGCACUCUCCAAACUUGAAAGGGUACUACUGGCCUACCUUGGAAAGGGACGCCCUCGAGUUUGUACGAAAAUGUAACAAAUGCCAACGAUUGUCUCUUAUUCAAAGAAAACCAUUGCAAGAUUUGACCGCGGUCUCCAGCCCUUGGCCUUUCUCGAAGUGGGGUGUGGACCUCAUAGGUCCUUUACCAAAAGGCAGAGGAUGUGCGAGCUUCGCAAUUGUAGCCAUUGAUUGCUUCACGAAGUGGGUCGAAGCUGAAUCCCUUGCAAAAAUUAUAGAAGCCAACACUUCCAAGUUCUUGUGGAAGAAUAUCAUAUGCCGAUUCGAGAUUUCCUAUUCGAUCGUCUCAGAUAAUGGUAGACAGUUCGACAACAACAAGGUCAGAAGUUUGUGUGAAGAAUUUGGCAUCAAGAAGCACUUCUCCACGCCUCACCACCCACAAGCAAAUGGCCAGGUUGAGGCUGUGAACAAGACAAUCAAGCACGUCCUGAAAAGGAAGUUUAAUGUGUCAAAAGGGGCUUGCGUGGAUGAGCUGCCAUAG